AUGGGCGACACUCCGCAAUCCAUUCCAGCGUCAUCUUCUACCAGCUUUGACCCGACGUCGUCCGUCCAAGCCGUAGUGCCUUCACACUCGGACAGCGCUAUACCUCUGCAAUCAGCUCAGACGUCUUCAAAUACGAUAGAUCACUCUAAUUCGGAUCCUAUUUCACGCCCAAGCACGCCCGUCACGCCUCUGCCGUCGCCGCCAGUCGACCGCAUCUCCCGUCACAAGCAGAAAAGAAUAGACAGCUACUCGCAAAUCCAGAUCAUCCGUCAAAUAGCUGAUGAACAUGCCAGGAUGUCCAGCGACGACACGACUACGGCCACCACCCGCUCAACUGCACCUCCCUCCGAGUGUGGCUCCAUCGAUUCCGAAAUGUCUCCUAGCAAACUCAAGCCUCCCGAGCCAAAAAGACGGAGGUCGAGCAGGAGUGCAGGCGAACGCGACGACGGUGCCUGUCUCUUACCCUCGCCGCCGCCCCCCUUACUGCGGCCCAAAACGUUUUGGAGGAACACCCCUCGUUCCGCACUCGGCUCACCGGACUAUUCGCCUUCGACACAUCUCAUCCGACGAUCGUCCUUUGUCGUCGCAGGUCUCGAGCCAUCGGAACCUUCGGGAGACAUUGCAGCGCUCUGCAUUGGCAGUCGACCACGUCCCUCACACACUGUCGUCCUCCCGCCUGAAGCCAUCUAG